AUGGCCCUUAAUGACGGCUUACCGGCCUUGCCUGAGCUCUCAUUCAUUCGGAGGAGUUAUACAGAGAAAUAUCGGAAAAAUAAUGGAAAUGAGAACCAACAACAAGAUGAGGGUUCUAUAUAUCGUACCGAACUAAUCUUUAAACACAUAAAUCGAAAGUGGCAUGUCAAAGUUACACUUACACUUAAGAGCAUGAUUCAAUUGCCAGAGAUUAAUGCUAAAUGGUUGCAACGAAAGAAAGACUUUGAAGAUCUCUGCCGUUGUAUAAAUUUUAGCGGUAUUCCUCUGCUAGAAGAUACGGUUACCGAGCUCAUUCUUUCCAAUGAUCUCUGCGAUCCAGAGUUGCAUCUCUUGCCACAAAGUAUACGAUUCCGCAUUCAAGAAGAUCCCGAGCGUAUAAGGUUCCCUUUAUACGAUGGCGGCGGUAUACCGACAAUCGACUGGUCAGCAAUUCAGAAAGGGCAAGAAUUUGCAGCAGGUGUCCACAAGGUUUACAUAAAAGAGAGGAACCAACACUGCGUUUACAAGGAAGUAGAUAGGCCCCUUUAUGAGCCUCACGAUACCGAGGUUCUUCAACAAGAGCUCCGGAACUUAGUUUUACUACGAAAUACGAAGGGAAUUGUGCAGAUACUUGCCGUGGUCAUAUCUGCCAAUCCAUACCAGACAGACGAGAGGAAAGACAGUGAGGUCUUGAGAGGCAUUCUCCUCGAGUAUCACCCGUACGGCACUUUGCAGGAUCUACUUCGUUCCAAGUCCGAAACGAGCUAUCCGUGGCGACGCUGGGCCGUUCAGGUGGCAACUGCACUUAAUUUACUUCACCGUCACCAACUAUCGCAUCUGGAUUUGAAGCCAGCAAACAUCGUUGUUAGCAUAAAAUGGGAUGCCCUUUUAAUCGAUAUUAGUGGGCUUGCUGUCACUCAAGAAUGGUUAUCGCCCGAAAUGGCCCAUGUAUUUGCUCCUUGGGAACAGGAUAUCGGCUCGCGAAUUCAAAAUGAUGUAUCGGCAUUUGGGAAGCUUUUGUCAAGAAUGGCUGAUGCUACGGGCAACCACCAAGAAGCACAGCUGUUAAAGCACGUCGCCUCCCUUGCCACCGCAGAAGUUCCCAUACGUAUCUCUCUACUAGAUGCGAUCUCUAUGCUCCAGAACUAA